UGCAAAAAAGACAAGGGUAUUUACUCGUGGUCCAUAUUUUGCAUCAGGCUUUUUUUAAUUGGGAAAUAUCAUAAACGUUUUUGUGACCUUUCGAAGUUUGAAAACAACUUCAAAUUUCUAUGUAUUUAUUAGAUCAGAUCAGAGAGCAAAUUCAAGCCACUCCAACAUCAAACUUGUCACAUAAAAAAAUAUACAUCUCUCUCGUCAACAGCUAUAUCAGAUUUCGUAAGAAUGUCAAAAAAACUUUCGUACAAUCCCUCCUUUAGGGUUCCUUUACUUCUCAAUGAUGAGGAGAAAGCCAUUGCCUCUUCUGCAAAAAAUACUGUAUCCUUCUUUCGUACAUGCCUUAAUGGACUCAAUACAAUAGCAGGUGUUGGCAUACUCUCGGUUCCUUAUGCUCUUGCAACAGGAGGCUGGUUAAGCUUGGUUCUUCUGUUUUCUAUUGCCGCUGCUGCAUUUUACACGGGCCUUCUGAUUAAAAGAUGCAUGGAUAAGGACUCAAACAUCAGAACCUACCCUGAUAUAGGUGAACUUGCAUUUGGAAAGACAGGAAGACUGAUAGUGUCAAUAUCCAUGUACACGGAACUAUAUCUGGUUUCAAUAGGAUUCUUGAUUCUAGAAGGUGAUAACUUGAGUAACAUAUUCCCCAUUGGAGAGGUUCACAUAGCAGGCUUAGCAAUUGGUGGGAAGCAAUUAUUUGUGAUUAUGGUUGCCCUUAUCAUCUUGCCCACGGUUUGGUUGGACAACUUGAGUCUACUCUCUUAUGUAUCUGCAAGUGGAGUCUUCGCUUCUGUUCUCAUCAUCCUUUCAAUAACAUGGACUGCAACAUUUGAUGGAGUUGGUUUUCAUCAUAAAGGAACUCUUGUCCAUUGGAAUGGUCUCCCCACAGCUGUUAGCUUGUAUGCCUUCUGUUAUUGCGCACAUCCUGUCUUUCCCACAUUGUACAAUUCGAUGACAAACAAACAUCAGUUCUCUAACGUCUUACUUGUAUGUUUUCUCCUAACCACUGUGGGUUAUGCAUCCAUGGCUAUAGUGGGUUAUUUAAUGUUUGGUAACGGGGCUGAAUCUCAAGUAACAUUGAACCUGCCUCUGGACAAACUCAGCUCAAAAUUAGCAAUAUACACAACCUUGGUGAAUCCCAUAUCCAAGUUUGCUUUGAUGGCAACACCUAUUACGAAUGCUUUGAAAGAUUUGCUUCCAAAGACGUACAAGAAUAGGGUGACGAGCAUCUUACUGAGCACAGUGUUGGUAUUGAGCACCACCGUUGUUGCCCUUGCUGUCCCUUUCUUUGGGUCUCUCAUGUCACUGGUUGGAGCCUUUCUAAGUGUCACAGCUUCUAUUCUGCUUCCGUGCUUGUGCUACUUGAAGAUUUCGGGCACUUACAGGAAAUUUGGGUGUGAGACGGUAGUCAUAGUGAUAAUAAUAAUGAUAGCUAUUGUAAUGGCAAUUUCAGGGACCUACAUCUCUCUCAUGGAAAUAGCCCACAAUUUAUAAAGGACAAUGCAGUGGUCCACUCUCUUGACUUUAAAUUACCAAAAAGUAAAACAGUAUUUCUUUUUCA